UUCGAUUUGUUAGCACACUUAAAAAUGAAACCUCUUUCAUUAAAAGGACAUGGACGUCCAAUAACCCGUGUACGUAUUAAUCAAGAGGGGGAUAUUCUUUUUUCUUCUGGAAAGGAUAAACAUAUUUGUGUGUGGUAUACUGAAAAUGGGGAAAGAAUUGGUACUUAUGAAGGGCAUACUGGUGUUGUUUGGGAUGUUGAUGUUAGUUGGGACACUAAAACACUUGUAUCUGCUUCUGGUGAUCAGCAUAUGAUGGUUUGGGAUGUUGAAACGGGCGCCCAAUUAAAUGAUAGUGAAGUUGGCUCAGUUGUUCGUUCAAUUGGCCUUUCAUAUAGUGGAAAUUUAGCUGUUUUGUCUACACAAAAAGCAAUUUCAAAUAGGGCCGGUGUUUUUGUUCAAGAUCUUCGGGAAUUUAGUAAAAAAUUCGAACCGACUUUACGUAUUGAAAUUGAUCAACCUAGCAGUACUUGUCUUUUUUCACAUUUGGAUGAUACUAUAAUUCUUGGUACUCAAAAUGGUCAAUUGCAUUUGUACGAUUUACGCCAGCCAAAUGAUGCAAAGGAUUUUAGUAGUCCUCAUAAUUUUCCAAUUAAUGAAUUGCAAAAAUCUGUGGACGAAACUUUUUUGAUUUCUUCAUCAAAGGAUAAAACUGCACAGUUACAUGAUUCCCGUACAUUACAACAAUUGAAGAAAUACAAAUCAACUCGCCCAGUAAAUUCUGCCGCAAUUUCACCAACUAGAGACCAUAUAAUUUUGGGAGGUGGGGAAGAAUCUGUGAAUGUUACGAUGACAUCAACUUCUUCUGGACAAUUUGAGGCAAAACUGUAUCAUAUGAUUUUUGAAGAGGAAUUUGCGCGGUUUAAAGGGCAUUUCGGUCCAAUUAACUCAAUUACUUUUGAUCCAACAGGGGAUAUUGUUGUCUCCGGUGGUGAGGAUGGUUAUGUACGUAUUCAAGAAUUAGAUCAAAGCUAUAAGGAUUUUGAAUUUGAUAUUGGGGUUAAUGCUUAA